UACUACUAGUUGCCUUGCUCGCUUCCCACCCCUCUCUCGCCCCAGCCUCGCUUCCGCCUCCCCCUCCCCCUCCCCUCUCCCCUUCCCUUUCCUUCCCCACUCCCACUUCCCAACCCUGGAUCCAAAUCCCAAGCUAUCCCAGAACCGAAACCGAGGCGCGCAAGCAAUUAUUAGCUGGCUAGCUAGGCGCGUAGCUCCGAGAUCAUGAAGCGCGAGUACCAAGACGCCGGCGGGAGCGGCGGCGACAUGGGCUCCUCCAAGGACAAGAUGAUGCCGGCGGCGGCGGGGGAGCAGGAUGAGGAGGUGGACGAGCUGCUGGCCGCGCUCGGGUACAAGGUGCGCUCGUCGGACAUGGCGGACGUCGCGCAGAAGCUGGAGCAGCUCGAGAUGGCCAUGGGGAUGGGCGGCGUGGGCGCCGCCGGCGCCGCCGCCGAUGACGGGUUCGUCUCGCACCUCGCCACGGACACAGUGCACUACAACCCCUCCGACCUGUCGUCCUGGGUGGAGAGCAUGCUGUCCGAGCUCAACGCGCCCCCGCCGCCGCUCCCGCCCGCGCCGCCGGCUCCGCGGCUCGCGUCCACCUCGUCCACCGUCACGGGUGGCGCCACCGCCGGUGGAGGGUACUUUGAUAUCCCGCCCGCCGUCGACUCGUCCAGCAGCACGUACGCGCUCAAGCCGAUCCCCUCGCCGGUGGCGGCGUCGGCGGACCCGUCAACGGACUCGACGCGGGAGCCCAAGCGGAUGCGAACUGGCGGCGGCAGCACGUCGUCUUCCUCUUCCUCGUCGUCAUCCCUGGACGGCGGUCGCGCCAGGAGCUCCGUGGUCGAGGCGGCCCCGCCGGCGACGCAAGCGUCCGCGGCGGCCAACGCGCCCGCCGUGCCGGUGGUGGUGGUGGACACGCAGGAGGCCGGGAUCCGGCUCGUGCACGCGCUGCUGGCUUGCGCGGAGGCCGUGCAGCAGGAGAACUUCACCGCGGCGGAGGCGCUGGUCAAGCAAAUCCCCAUGCUGGCAUCGUCGCAGGGCGGCGCCAUGCGCAAGGUCGCCGCCUACUUCGGCGAGGCGCUCGCUCGCCGCGUGUACCGCUUCCGCCCUGCCCCGGAUAGCUCCCUCCUCGACGCCGCCUUCGCCGACCUCCUGCACGCGCACUUCUACGAGUCCUGCCCCUACCUCAAGUUCGCCCACUUCACCGCGAACCAGGCCAUCCUGGAGGCGUUCGCCGGCUGCCGCCGCGUCCAUGUCGUCGAUUUCGGCAUCAAGCAGGGGAUGCAGUGGCCGGCUCUUCUCCAGGCCCUCGCCCUCCGUCCUGGCGGCCCCCCAUCGUUCCGGCUCACUGGCGUCGGCCCGCCGCAGCCGGACGAGACCGACGCCUUGCAGCAGGUGGGUUGGAAGCUUGCCCAGUUCGCGCACACAAUCCGCGUCGACUUCCAGUACCGCGGCCUCGUCGCCGCCACGCUCGCUGACCUUGAGCCGUUCAUGCUGCAACCGGACGGCGAGGACACGGAUGACGAGCCCGAGGUGAUCGCCGUGAACUCAGUGUUCGAGCUGCAUCGGCUGCUGGCGCAGCCCGGCGCGCUGGAGAAGGUCCUGGGCACGGUGCGCGCGGUGCGGCCAAGGAUCGUGACCGUGGUCGAGCAGGAGGCCAACCACAACUCCGGCUCAUUCCUGGACCGCUUCACGGAGUCGCUGCACUACUACUCCACCAUGUUCGAUUCUCUCGAGGGCGCCGGCUCCGGCCAAUCCGCCGAUGCCGCUCCGGCCGCGGCCGGCGGCACGGACCAGGUCAUGUCCGAGGUGUACCUCGGCCGGCAGAUCUGCAACGUCGUGGCGUGCGAGGGCGCGGAGCGCACGGAGCGCCACGAGACGCUGGGGCAGUGGCGCAACCGGCUGGGCCGCGCCGGGUUCGAGCCCGUCCACCUGGGCUCCAAUGCCUACAAGCAGGCGAGCACGCUGCUGGCGCUCUUCGCCGGCGGCGACGGGUACAGGGUGGAGGAGAAGGACGGGUGCCUGACCCUGGGGUGGCACACGCGCCCGCUCAUCGCCACCUCGGCAUGGCGCAUGGCCGCGCCGUGAUCGGGCAGGUGGGGUUUUGGACGCUGAUCAAGAUUGCACGUCCCCGGGCAUGGCGCAGCCCCUCCACCCAGCUUGCCGGCACAGCUGAAGCUAGACGUCAACGAACGCUGAAUUGCAAUGAGCGACCGGGCCACGGUUCCCGCCGGCGUGAUGAGAUGGACACUUUGACUCCGACCGGACCGGCCUGUGUUCGUUCUUGUUCCCGAUCCCCCCUCUCCUCCCCUCCCUCCAAUCCGUGAACUAUGGUAGCCUAUUGUUAUGUUUAAAUGUCUAUUAUUAUGUGUAAUUCCUCCCAUCGCUCAUAUCCCAAUAAGGACGAACCGGAUUUCUUUAGCUCGAAUGAGAAUUUUGUAUACAAGGCAUCGAAUCCAAAACUGAGCUAUGUUCAUCGAUCUGUUCAAAUGCUUCUCGUAUCAUGAGUUCAAAGUGCUGUUGCCUCCUUUACUCAA